UUCACAAACUGUUGCACAUGCAAGCAUUGUUCCCAAAUCGUUAGUUAUCUGAACCGUCAGCUAAACCCCAGCAGCCAUUUUCUAUUCACAGAGGUUGAAUCAUCUCACGUUUGUGUCUCAAAAUGGCCGCGCUGCAGUGAGGAAACAGGCAGAACUGCAAAUCAGAAUUAACAACUACGGAAACAAUGAGAAAUUCGAUUUGAAAUACAAUCAGAUAAUGUGGAGAUGCAGAAAGACAGGAAGAGAGACAAUACAGAAGAGAUUGAGAAAGGGAACUGUCAAAAGAGGAAGAAGAAGAGAAGCAGAGCGUACCUGGGACAAAACGACAGACCGAAAAGAUUUGAGAGAGCUAGAGAGAGACGAAGUGAGAGAAGAAAAGUGACCGAUGGGAGAAAAGAGCAAACUUAAACACCGAUAAAGUUAAUAACAGCAUAAUAACUAUUUUAUAAGAGUGUAACUAAUGUGAAAUGUAAACCGUGUGCGUUAAUACAUUUAUUUAAAUGUAGAAGAGCAAUAAUUUUCAAAAAUAAAUAGAAUUUUUGUUAAAGUAUAUGGUUUAUGGCAAAAUGAUACAGGAAAUCAGGGUUAGCCACUCCCAGUCAACCGCACACACCCACCCACACACACACACACACACACACACAUACACAGCUAUUAGUGCAAGGACCUGCAAGUACCUCUGGACCUAAAGAGAAAUAGGAAAACAAGAUCAAAAUCUAAGAUAUAUCACAUUUCCUGGAUUUAGGAGGAUAAGUUGCAGUCAGGUGCUGCUAAUCAUCAGUCCUUGAUUUUGAUCAUCAGCAGGUGUGCAGAUCUCAGAAGUUUUGCCAGUUUGCUGGUAUGGAGCAUUCAGAUGAUGGUGGUCCAUUCAAGCUGUAAUGGGAUGAUGGACAACAUGCACUCCCAAACUGUCCUUUCUCGGCUUAGCGAACAACGAUCACUUGGCCUAUUCUGUGAUGUUACUAUUGUGGUGGAGGACAUUAAAUUCCGUGCCCACAGAAAUGUCCUGGCUGCGACUAGCGGAUAUUUCCACAGUGUCCUCACUGCUUCUGAGACUUGCAGUUCUAGCCAGGUGCUGGAAAUUCCAGAUCUGAAGUCAGAUGUGUUUGCCAGCAUUCUUAAUUUUAUUUAUUCCUCCAAAUUGGAUUUAGCAAGUAAAGGGGACAAUAAAUCCUUAAUAGCUGCAGGGAAAAAGUUAGGGAUCCCUUUUCUAGAGAAGCUCCUUGAGAUUGAAAGACAAGACUCUGGAAUGGCCCAAAGCCCAGCCUUUGCUAAAUCAGAUAGUUUAUCCAAUCAGACAAAACUGUCCGUUUGCUCUACUUUGAAGAAGGAAACACCACGCCUUGAAGAGCAAGAGUGUUCCAAAGGUCCGAGAAUAACUAAUGCAUUCUCAAUCACAGAAGUGCCAGCAGUUAACAACCCAUUUACUUCAUUGGACUCCCGUAGCAAUGGCCCCCAAUCACCAGACAUGGAUCACCAACCACUAUCAGAAAUACCACUUGUCGAAAGUGAUUCUGUUGACGCCAUGUUUGAACACUCAUAUGCUGUAAACCAAGGCCAUCAAACUUCUGAGCUGAAAGAGAAAGUCCAACAAUAUGAUAAAGAAGUCACAAAGCCUGUGGUGCUACCUUGCACGACUCUAAGCAACCAUGGGCUUGGUCCCAUUAAAAAGCGCCAUCGACUGUGCAAAGGUUUGGCACCCAUAUCUAAUGAAACUAUUGAAUUAAUUCAAAGUCCUGUUAGCGGUUCUGUACAAAAUAGUCCACUUGAAUCCACAUCUCUGCUGCAGGCUUCCAGCUCAAAUUCAGCUUUGAGCUCUUCUCCUGACUUGUUGCCUCCACAGAUUUUGCCCCCACAGGAGGAUGAAGAUCCUCCUUCCCUUGUACCUGAAGAUGUACCAACUUCAACAACUUACCACUGCCAGCAAUGUCCUGAGGCCUUCAGCAGUUCAGCACUACUUGCAGUCCAUAUGCAAAGUCACAAAAGAAGAUUUGUCAGUCAUCUAUUUUGCAAGUACUGCUCAAAAAAGUUCAUGCACUUGAAACGCUUGCGUAAUCAUGAACAAGUGUGUAUGAAAGGUCUACCACAACUAGAGCUGAAUGGCAAAGAGGCUUCAGUCAGUCUAGAUUCAAGUAGUGAACCAACCCCAAAUGAUGAAUCUUUCCCAGGCUCCGAUCUUGAAGAUACUUCAAAACUUGAUAGUACAAUAUCAGGCCCACUUGAAGCAAAUCAAGUUAGCAAAUCAAGCAAUCAACGGGCUUAUAAAUGCAGCGUGUGUAAACGAGCCUAUGUAACUUUGUCUAGCUUAAAAAGACAUGAGAAUGUGCAUUCAUGGCAAAGAGCCUAUCCUUGUCACUACUGCAAUAAAGUUUUUGCUUUAGCAGAAUACCGUACCAAACAUGAGAUUUGGCACACAGGAGAGCGGCGCUAUCAGUGCAUCUUCUGCUUGGAGACCUUCUUGACUUACUACAUUCUCAAAAACCAUCAGAAGUCGUUUCAUGGCAUUGAUCCUCGUCUGGCUGUGAAUAAAAAAUCUGCUAAUGGUGGUUUUAAGGGAAGUGUAUACCCUAUUAAACUCUAUAGACUUUUACCAAUGAAGUUCAAGAAAAAAAGGUACAAGACUUACAGUCAGACUUACUCUGAAAUUAUGGGCAACUAUGAGAAUUCUUUUACUGCCCCACUAGAUGCUAACUCACAGGAUUCUCCACUUCAAGGCACAGAUUCUAUUCAUAACCCAGAGAGUGUUACUAGUGGUCAGUCAUUAUUUUCAAUGCCUGUGACCUUUAUGGCAACUCCAAAGAUGGUGGCUUCAGAAAUGCCUCAUAUUACCUUUGACCAGCCAUGUGACCAAAAUGUAGAAACUCCAUUGCCUUCUGAUAAGGAUUUGUCUCGUAGAGAAAAGGAAGGCCUUAACUCCACUAAUACCCAAAGUGGAUUGACAGGCUUUCAGGCCACUGUGCCACCUGUUUUUGGCUGUGGAUACACCCCGUCUUUGUCAACAGAGGAAAACACAAGGUCAUCUAUGAUAAUGCACAGAAAUGACUCAGCUCCCAUGCGAUGCACUAGUAACACAAGCAGAGAUGUUCUGCCAUUCCUUAAUAUCCCACCUGUGUGCUCAUUUGAGGGACUGAGUAAGCUUAGUGAAUUAUCAGCAGCUGCACAAACUAUUGAAGUAAUGGCUAAUCAACUUCUUCAGCCACAGCCAGAGACCCUGACUCAAAACCUUCGUCCUGAUGGAAAGACAGAAACCUACAUUGCCAAGCCUGCUUGUCCUGGUCCAUCAGUAAACAACCAAGUCCUGCCCCUCUGCCAGAUAACUGUCAAAAUCGGCAAUGAAGCCAUUAUCCGUCGCAAGAUUAAAGGCUCAAAGCUGUUCCCAAAGAGGAAAAAGAGAAGAAACUGGAAGCAAGAUCAUGAGAAAGUUAUCUCAGCAGAGGACGGUACAGGAUUCCCAAACCUGCGCUUGCGAACAGAAGUUUCAAGCUCAAUCACAGAAGAUGAGCCAUACGAUGAUGUAAAUGAUCCUGAAAAUGAUAAACUGUGGCGUCCCUAUUACACAUACAAACCUAAGAAGAAGGGCAAAAGAUUCCGAUCUAAGCGAAAAAGGUUAAAGGCUGCUCAGUACUAUACAAAGCCACUGUCACCUGAACAAGAAGAUAACUUUCUGGACAUGGAUCGUGGUGUAGAGGAAAGUGUCACAUCUGACAGAUCUGAGUCUAGAAUGGAGCUAAGGAGUCAAAGUCCCAAAGAAAGUUUUACCUGCCGUUGCUGUAGCAGCUCAUUCUUAACUUCAGCCUCCCUCAGCAAGCAUAUCAUCAACUGCCAUCAGCCUCGCUGCAAGAUUUGUGGUAAGCAAUGUCCUCUCGAAGAGCUUCCCAAUACAGAUGUCCCGUUCACUGAGGAUUUUUCCUGCCAAAGUUGCACGGAAGAUGGCUCAUGCUUUAACUCUACAGUCAUGACUCGUACCCUCAGUAGUGAAAAACGUUAUCGCUGUUCAUACUGUCCACAGCGGUUCCUCUAUCUUGCCACCAAAAAGAGCCAUGAAGCAAAACAUCUUGAGCGGUUCACUAUGGAACAUAACUGUCGGUACUGCCCUAAAGUGUGCAAGUCUGCAAUGCUGCUGAGCAUUCAUGAAAACAAACACUUUAGUAAGGUAAAAGAAACAGAAAUUAGUGAUAAAAAGAUGAUCGCAAGCUCAUACUUGUCUGCUUCAGAGAGCAAAGAACAACCCAAAAUUGAACCUUGGGCAAUUCCUCAAAUCUGCUUACCACUUAGCCCUAAAACUGAUGAGGCACUGGAUAUGGAUGGUAAAGCAAUGUAUCCCAAAAUCCAGAAAACAUCAUCCCAUUUGUUGUCAUGUAAAGGUGACAGGACUUUGCCUUCGUUUCAUUCAGAGAUACACAGAAGGAAAUCUAAGAAGAAAAGCUUUGUGGAAUUUUCUAAAAACACCACUCUGGGGUUCGAGACACCGGUACAAAAGGCCCAUUUGCCUAAAAGUUUAACAAACAACCAUCUCAACACAUCCAGUCUUUAUACAAAAUGUCUGACAAGAAUGCCUUCCAUUAAGGGGGCUUCCCUGCAGUCACCCAAGUCAGAGUGGCAUUUGUGUAAAGAAGAACCUGUUUUUUACUCCCAUAACUGAUCCUGAAGGAGGGAAAUGCGCAACAUGAUGUUAUGCAGGAAACUUUAAUGAGUGCAGUACGAAGAUGCACAUUUAAGCCUGUGUGACAGAAAUUAAAGUUGUUAUAGUCACUUUACAAUGGUGUAAAUAAAAAGUAUUUUUAUUUGUUUCCUGCAAAUACUGUUGGUAGUUUUUUAUGUUUUUUUCUAUGAGAGAAGAAAAUUUUAUUUUUGUAUGGUUUCGUUUGCCUCCCUGGAUCAAGUGGAUGCGUCAUUGCUUAUCAGAUGCUUAACAGAAGCAGAACUUAUUCACAUUUUAAAGACUCAAUUAAAAUAUUUUUUCAUUGUAUUCAUAUUAUUUGAUACAUGUACUUGAGGACAAUUCAUGUUUUUAAAUUCUUUUUGAUGUACCCUUUUGAAGGCAAUCAUUUGACAAACAUGAAAAUACUAGCAGGUUCACAGGAGCUGUUGCAACCUGUAAAUCAGAUCAUUAAAAUUUACUUUACUUACCAUGAAAUUACAUGAUUUUAAAACGUAGAUCGAAAGGAAGUGAGAAACAAAAGUGAGUCAUUAUUGUAAGUAAAUUAGUUGACUUUCACUUUGGUUAAUUCUGGAACAUUGAAACAGCAUGUUAACCAAAAGUAUUCAUGAUGCCCUCUAGUGGCUGAUUGUAUUAUUUUUAACCCUGCCCUUAUCCCUAUUCAUGAAUGGACCAAGCUACUUGACCAGUCAGUUAUUUUGACAGUUUUAUUCUGCUUGAUUUAUAUUUAUAUUUCUACCAGUAUUUUUGCUUAUGAUGAAUGCAUUAUUAAUAAAGUUAUAAACAUCCUGAGCUACACCAAGAAUAAAUGCACUUGUGUCAUGGGCACAUAGACACUUAACAAAGUAUCAAAGUAAACUAUUUUGGGGUUAUGUUAAAAUAUUAGUACUACGGGUUACUAAUGUGGGCUGGGCUACUGAAGGUUUUUUCAGAAAUGGGCACUCCAUUGUGGUUAUGAAUGCUAUAUGAAUGUGAUGGGUACCCUUUUAUUCUAGCUAUUACGUUUGUGGUUUUUUUUUCUUUAUUAUGGCAUCCAUGUGCAAAGACUCCAGAAUAUGAGCUGUAGUGUUCCCAAGUCCACUACUCCAGCAGUAGGAACAGAUUUUCAAUAGGAUAUCGGUGAACCCUUUGUAUUUAAGCAUACCCUUAAGCAAGUAGUUCCAUGUCAUAUCCAAGUCAUACAUAUGAAUCAUUGUUUUUGUUAUUUUUAUUUUAGGACUUUGGGUAUGUUGAUGUUUUUUUCUCAGUUCAUCUUUUCAAUUGCUGUAUAUGCAUUAUUUUGGCAUUAUCCUUAGGCACUAGACAUAAUAGCAUAAGAUGCUUUAUGACUGUACUAGUGUGCUCAGGUCUAACUCUUAAGAUUGUUUUAGCAUUUUCAUGUUGAUAGAGAUGUUUUCAAAAACUCCUAUAGAAGGAUAGUUUUUCCAACCCAGUGGGCAUACAUCCCAUCUCUGCACACACUCUAAGCUAUAGAAAUUAAGCUAGAUUCGAAUAAUCCAAACUCAUUUGAUUGUCUUUGACUUUAAUCCUUUAGUUUAAUUCACUAUAAAUGUGUCAUAAUACAGUCAAUAAACACAGCUUGCAUGCCACCAACAUAUUUGUAGCAUUUAAAGGUAAAGCUCAAUUAACAAUUCUACUACUCUUCUACUGAAUUUGAAGAAGGGUUUUUUUUUCUUUCCAGUUCUUAUCACUGUUAAAUAUUUAGCCUCUAUGACAACUUUGUCUGUUUCUUCUAAAUAACAGCAAUGUCUCUGAUCUCUGUAGGACCAAUGUUCUAAUUGUUCACACAAAUGCUCCACUAAAGGAUGCGCAAUAAAUAUUAUUAAUUGC